AUUUACCCGCGCUGGCAUGAUUUGUUUAUGUUGUUCGUCUUUGGUGGUUGUUUUAAGUUGCUUUGUGAGGAGUGCUGAUUACAGAGUUUUGUUUUACAAAAUAACGAAUAACUUGUAUAGCAAUGGCCAGCUUGAAACCAUUGCAAUGUCUCAAUCUAGAUGCCAAUCAACAGAAAAACUUCAUGACAUUCUUCAAGACUUUACCUGAUAAACCCGCAACAACAAUAAGAUUCUUCGAUCGCGCAGACUAUUACAGUUGCCAUGGCCCCGAUGCAGAGUUCGUGUCGAAGAGCGUUUUCAAAUCUACGAACAUGGUCAAGAUUAUGGCUCCGAGCGGAUGGGACUAUGAACUGCCAUACGUUGUGUUGAGCAAGAACAAUUUCGAGAGCUUUUUGCGGGACCUCUUGUUGGUCCGCAACUAUCGGGUAGAUGUGUUCACCAAUAAAGGACCCAUAAAGACGUCCAAUGAGUGGGUGCUAGAGUUCAAAGGAUCGCCUGGAAAUUUGAUGCAGUUCGAGGAUAUACUUUUUGCCAACAAUGAUAUGGUUUCAGGAUCUGCAUUGAUUGCCUUGCACGUGAAGCAACAAAAUAAACAGAGAGUCAUUGGAUUAUCUUGCGUGGAACCAAAUGAUCGAAUGUUUUCAGUAUCAGAAUUUGUGGAUAAUGACUUUUAUUCUGAGCUGGAAGCGUUAGUAGUCAUUCUCAGCCCGAAAGAAUGCAUUUUGCCGAUCGGAGACCCUGAGAACAACCGCAUCAAAACUUUAAUGGAGAGAAACAAUAUUGUUGUUACACUGAAGAAAAAGCAGGAAUUCUCACUUGAAAAGAAUGAUGUCAUACAAGAUUUGAACAAACUGCUUCGUUUCUCGAAGGGGCAACAGGAGAGUGCAAACUCGAUACCCGAAACAUCGAAAACUUUAGCGUUGUCGGCAUUAGGAGUUUCAAUUCGUUAUUUGGAACUUGUUGAAAAUACCUCGAACCACGGGCAGUAUGAGAUAAAAUUGCUGAAUUUGAACAGAUUCGUUCAUUUGGAUGCGGCUGCGGUUUCCGCAUUGAACUUGUUCCCUGAACCUGGCAGCAACAUGUCAUCCAAGUGGCAAAGUGUUUUGGGUGUACUCGACCGAUGUCGAACUCCUCAGGGACAUCGUUUGAUGGCGCAAUGGCUGAAACAGCCUCUACGCAGCAUGGAUAUGAUAAAGGAUCGUCAUGAUAUUGUCGAGUGUUUGGUUGAUAGCACAGCUACGCGAACCGAACUACACGACCUUCACAUGAAGCGCCUGCCGGACGUUCUUAUCAUAAUUAGGAAACUCCUCAGGAAGAAAGCCUCUCUGCAGGAUAUGUUUCGGUUGUAUCAAAUCAUUCUUAGGAUUCCCAAGAUUCUACACAUUCUGAGCACACUAGAAAAUACUGCCAUUCGAAGCAUCAUCUACAGCCCAAUGAAGGAUACGUUGGGAGAUUUGAAAUUGUUCAAAUCUAUGGUUGAACAAGUUUUAGAUUUGGAAGCCGUCGAAAGGGGUGAAUAUCUUGUGAAACAUACGUUCGAUGACCGACUAAAGGAGCACAAAGAGCAAAUGGAUGAAGUUGUGAGCAAGAUGAAAAGGCAACUUUCAAAAGUUGCUAAUGACCUUGAUCUGGAGGAAGGCAGUUCCAUCAAACUAGAUUACGUUGGUCAUCAUGGUUACCAUUUCAGAAUAUCACUCAAAGAUGAAACAAAAAUCCGUAAAGAUUCCAAAUACCAGAUUUUGGAUGCUGUUAAAGGCGGGGUUAGGUUCACAAACGAAAAACUAGCAGAUCUUAAUGGUGAUUUUGGCGACUCAAAAAGGUCUUACGAAGAACAACAGAAAUCGAUUGUGGAGGAAGCUGUGAGAAUUGCAAUCGGUUACAUCGAACCAUGGACGAUUUUGAACAAUCAAAUUGCCCAGCUGGAUUGUUUUUUGAGUUUUGCUAUAGCCGCUGUGAACGCACCAGAGCCAUAUGUGCGACCAAAAAUGUUUAAUGAAGGAGAAGGGCGGCUGAAAUUGACCCAAUUGCGUCAUCCUUGUAUAGAAUUACAGGAAGAUGUUAACUUCAUACCGAAUGAUGCGGUUCUUCUCAAAGAUCAGACGAUUAUGUACAUUAUUACGGGUCCCAAUAUGGGUGGUAAAAGUACUUUCAUUCGCUCAGUAGGAGUGGCGGUGUUGAUGGCUCAUGUUGGCUCAUUCGUUCCAUGUUCGCAAGCCGAAAUAACAAUUGUGGAUUGUAUUCUUGGUCGGGUAGGUGCGAACGACAAUCUCAGCAAGGGACUGAGUACCUUCAUGGUUGAAAUGGUGGAAACAGCAGGCAUCAUACGAACUGCUACGGAAAAAUCACUGGUUAUAAUAGACGAACUUGGGCGCGGUACUUCGACAUAUGAGGGGUGUGGAAUAGCCUGGGCUAUAGCGGAACAUCUGGCGAAAGAAAUAAAAUGUUUCACACUUUUUGCAACGCAUUUCCAUGAGAUCAGCGAAAUGGCAGAAUCGAUUAGCACCGUGGAGAGUUGUUAUAUGGAUGCCACUGUGGAUGAUGAUAAUUUUACCUUGUUGUAUCAAAUCAAAAAGGGCGUUAUGGAAAAAAGCUUUGGGAUUCAAGUGGCCAAACUAGCGAAUUUCCCUGCUGAAGUUGUGAAGUUGGCACAAAAACUUUACGAAGAAUGUGAGGAUCACUAUGCUCAACUACAAACCGCAAAUGAUCAAGAUGGAAUGGAAACGCUGAAAACAUCAUUGGUAAGAAUUGCUUCCGUGGAUCCUGAUAAUGACGAUUCAAUUCGUGAAAUGCUUCGCGAUGUGCAAAUCACUGUUAAGAAUUCAAAGAGCACAUAUUUUCGUAAAACAUUUAUUAGUCUCCAAACUUGAAAUAGUGGUGUGCUAACAGAAACAUUCAACGAAGCACUGAACAUUCCAAGAAAAUAAAUAAAUCGCUGUUGCCUAACCGCAGCAAAUGUUGUACUAUA